AUGCCCAGUUUCGGCAGCAGUCCCACCUCUUUGAAGAAGAUGGACCAUAACAACAACGGAUUCGGCCGAGGGAAGGGCAAUCGCUUCAAUAUUGGACAUAUUGUCGGAGAUCCCUUUUCGCUGGCUACAAUUGGCAUAGCGAUAGCAGGAUGGUUGAUAGCCUUCGUCAGCUCGAUCAUAGCCGACAUCAGCCAGGACUACCCCAAUUACUCGUGGUGGGCGCUGGCAUACACUUUCUGCGUCAUCGGCGGCAUAAUCACUGCCGUAGGAUUUGAUGCGGUCUACACUUAUCACGUGGCUAUUGUUGGGUUUUUAGCUGCUGCUAUGGUGUUCACAACAUCUGCUGUCAACUCGCUGAUCUACUACUCGAGCGGGUCGAAAGAGGCAGCUGCGGCAGGCUUCAUUCUGCUGUCGAUGGUUUCGAUCGUCUGGAUCUUCUACUUCGGCUCCCAACCAACAGCCACCCACCGCCAGACCAUCGACUCCUUCGCCCUCCACAAAGACCGCGCCCCGAGCACCCGCAACAGCCGCCACAUGACCCAAUCUUACGCGCGACCCGAGACCACUCACUCCCAACAACCACCCCAAAUGUACAACGCCAACCAACUCGCCGGCUUCGAGACAAGCAGCCCAGUAACAGGCUACCCAGGCGGCGCAAUGGGCGCGCAAAGCAAGCGCGAAAGCAGCAACACCGCCUUCCCGCAACCCAUGAACACCAACCACCCUCACCCUCAAGCACCCAUGCACCAAAAUCAAUCCCUUGCGCCCACGGCACCCACCACCUCCGCCUCCGCCACCGCGCCUUCACAAGGCGAAAGCGCCAUGUCCGCCGGCCCGACAGAAUACCCAUACCGCGCGAAAGCGAUCUACUCGUACGAAGCUAACCCCGACGACGCGAACGAGAUCUCCUUCAGCAAGCAUGAGAUCCUCGAGGUUAGUGAUGUGAGUGGACGGUGGUGGCAGGCGAAGAAGGAGAGUGGGGAGACGGGGAUAGCGCCUUCGAAUUACCUGAUUCUGUUGUAA